UAGGGCAGGGGAAGGGGCUCCAGGGGAGAAUGGUUGAAGGCGCCUAGAAUAAGGGCGAGGAUCUCAGAGUGGGUUGGGGUGGAACCAGGGGAGGCAUUCAGGAGAGGGUGUAAGGACUACCGCUCCGAGGUACGGUAGGAGCUGAGAUCCUCAGAGUGAGUGGGAUAGCGGGCAGGUGAAACUACUCAGAAAGUUUGAGACAAGGGGAGGGGCUCAGAUAUGAGUGGGGCUUAAGUUAAUUUAGAAUUAUGCAGGUAGUUAGGCGACGUCAAAGACCAAGAAGGUAGAGGCAGGGCCUAGAAAAAAAUAGGAAAUUACAGGCUGGGGAGGGGGCGCGGCCCAGAAGGUAGACGUAACCUACCGAGAGGGGGCCAGGCUCUCCAGAAUGUGGGGACUGGGACUGUAGUUAAGAGGAGGAGCUAAAACUGCGGAAAUUAGUAGCGUCUGAGGCUGUGUGCUUGAAUGGAUGGGUAGGACCUGGAACAGACGCAACUGAAGUCCCGGGGCAAGACCCAGAAGUGCAGAGUUCGAACAGAAUAAAUAAAGGACUUGAAGAUUUUGAAACUGGGGGCAGGACCACUGAGGUAGGAGGAUCUUAGAGGGACCAAAGCUGGGACCCAAAGCUAAGAAUGUAGAAAACAUGAAUCCUAGAGUUCGUUUUCCUGCCACAUUGUUUACUUCUUUUAUGACUCAGUUUCCUUUUCGUUAAAUCAGAGAUUAUGUAAAUAGUGGUAGCACAUGGUAAGUGCUGUUUACUACUAUUAUUUUCCUGUGACCCAGAUCCCAAACAUCACUUUGAAGGUGCAAGAGAGAGGACACCCAGGAGUCCAGUUUCUUCUAGUAACUCGACUUGAGUCCAGGUCAAGGGCACAGGAAGGAGAUUUAGGUGGUUUAAAAUCUCAACGUGGAGGGGAUUAAUGGAGUGGGGGGGGAGGUCCAGGUGCAGAGGGUGGAGGCUUCCCGAUCCCAGGGCUGAAGGAUGGCUGCCUUCGCCCGCCUGCUGGAGCGUCUCCUCUGGCCAGCCUCUAAUAAACAGGAGUCAGAAGAGGAAGAGGAGGGGCACAGGACUCACCACGGGCCUCAGUCGCUCCUGGACGCGCCGCGAUGCGUCCAGCGGCCGCACGGGGGUGCGGCCGCCUCUUGCGGCCUGAGCUUCGGGGCGAGCGCUGUGCAAGGCUGGCGCGCGCACAUGGAGGAUGCGCACUGCGUUUGGCUCGCGCUGCCGGGGCUACCGCCAGGCUGGGCAUUCUUUGCGGUCCUCGACGGCCACGGCGGGGCGCGAGCUGCCCUCUUCGGCGCGCGCCACUUGCCGGACCACGUGCUCGAGGCACUGGGCCCCGCGCCUGGCGAACCCGAGGGAGUGCGCGGGGCGCUACGCCAAGCCUUCCUGAGCGCAGACGCACGGCUGCGUGCGCUCUGGCCUCGGGGCGAGCCGGGGGGCUCCACCGCCUUGGCGUUGCUCGUCUCCCCGCGUUUUCUGUACCUGGCGCACUGCGGUGACUCCCGAGCGAUGCUGAGUCGCACCGGCGCCAUGGCCUUCAGCACCGAGGACCAUCGGCCCCUCCGGCCCCGGGAACGGGAGCGCAUCCACAACGCGGGAGGCACCAUCUGCCGCCGGCGCCUCGAAGGCUCUCUGGCAGUAUCCCGAGCGCUGGGCGACUUUGCUUACAAAGAGGCUCCGGGAAGGCCCCCUGAGUUGCAGCGCGUUUCCGCGGAGCCUGAAGUGACCGCCCUGGCUCGCCAGGAUGAAGACGAGUUCGUGCUAUUGGCCUCUGACGGUGUGUGGGACGCGAUGUCUGGCGCUGCCCUGGCGGGACUGGUGGCGUCGCGCCUCUGCUUAGGCCUGGCCCCGGAGCUUCUCUGCGCGCAGUUAUUGGACACGUGUCUGUGCAAGGGCAGCCUGGACAACAUGACCUGCAUCCUGGUCUGCUUUCCUGGGGCCCCAAGGCCUUGUGAGGAGGCGAUCAGGAAGGAGCUGGCGCUGGACGCAGCCCUGGGCCGCAGGGUCGCUGAGCUGUGUUCGUCUGCUCAGGAGCCCCCCAGCCUGAACACGGUUUUCUGGACUCUGGCCUCAGAGGACAUCCCAGACUUACCUCCUGGGGGAGGGCUGUACUGCAAGGCCACGGUCAUUGCUGAAGCUUAUUCUCAGCUCCGCCAAGCCUCAGGACGCCCCUGGCAGGCAGGAUCUCUGCACGAGGUAGCAGAGAGUUGCAGCUCUAGCCUCCCAAGUGCCAGGAGCCCAACAUCCCCAGCGAAGAGAGCUCACCAGAAGGGCCCACAUGGGGCAGGAAAGCCCACUAGCACCCUUUCGGACUCUUCCUCAGACUCGGAGGCCUGACAGCUGUUGCCCUUUGGGGACCCUCUGCCCAGCCCGGGCCUCAAAGGAACUAAGGAAGAAAACUCACCUUCCCCAGAUACACAGACCAGCAGAAGGAAGACAAACGGAGGGAGGAACCCCAGAAUGCUUAUUUCCCCUUCUCCUACUUCCCUCUCACAGAAAGUCUUAAGAAGGGAAAUUCCAACCACCCUCUGAACUGAAAAAAAAAAAAA